UUUGGUGGCAUAUUGUAUGAACAAGUUUCAAAACCCUAACCGCGCGAUUAGCACAGCCUUCGCUGAUAAAACCCAGCAGCCCCAUUAAUUAAUCGGCCAACCUUCUUUGAUCGCUGUCAGCCUUGGAAUUGCGCCUACGGCAUUCUCAAGGACCGCUUUGAUGCUCCGGAAGCCUUCUUGUCUUUCGCUUCUUCACCUCGAUUCCUUUCUCAUCUGAGUACCCUUUUCAUCCCCCUUCUCUGCUCUGUCUUCAGAAAUCUAUGGCUCUUUCCUGCUCCAGAUGCCAGUCUUCUUACCGCUUCAGCGGUCUUCGGACUCAGCGAAUAUCAACUUCUUCGGCCCCUUCAUUUCUGUUUUCCCUUCCUAAGCGGGAAUUGGCGAAAAGGAUCUCUUCACGAAGAGAUAAAAAUCGAAACUUGGGACCUAUCUGCAUACAAGAAGAUUUAUUGGCAGCUGCAACUCCGGUGGCUACUAGUAAAGAGGCUGCUUUAAUGAAUGUUGAGAAUGGCGGAUUACCUUCUGUAUGUUCAGAUGAGUCUAGAAUUAAAGCAGUUAAUAGUACCAGCAGGAAGGAUUUCACGGUUAGUAUCACAGUGGUUGGGGCCUCUGGUGAUCUAGCGAGGAAGAAAAUUUUUCCUGCAUUGUUUGCUCUCUUCUACGAGGAUUGCCUGCCGGAGCAUUUUACAAUUUUUGGAUAUGCUAGGAGUAAGAUGGCUGAUGCUGAGUUAAGAACGAUGGUCAGCAAGACCCUCACAUGCCGCAUUGAUAAGAGCGAAAAUUGCAGUGAUAAAAUGGAGCAAUUCCUUCAAAGAUGCUUCUACUAUUCGGGUCAGUAUGACUCUGAGGGAGAUUUUGCAGAGUUAGGCAAUAAGCUGAGGGAGCAUGAGGCUGGGAGAAUCUCAAAUCGCUUAUUCUAUCUGUCUGUCCCUCCAAAUAUAUUCAUAGACGUGGUAAAAUGUGCCAGUAGGUCAGCUUCUUCAUUGAAUGGCUGGACAAGGGUGAUUGUUGAAAAGCCCUUUGGACGUGACUCCGAAUCUUCUGCUGCAUUGACAAGAAACCUUAAACUUUAUUUGGAGGAAGAUCAGAUUUUCAGAAUUGAUCACUACCUAGGAAAAGAACUUGUUGAAAACCUCUCUGUUUUAAGAUUUUCGAAUUUGGUUUUUGAACCUUUGUGGUCGAGGCAGUACAUCCGAAAUGUACAGUUGAUUUUUUCCGAGGAUUUCGGCACCGAAGGCCGAGGAGGAUACUUUGACAACUAUGGUAUAAUCAGAGACAUAAUGCAAAAUCAUCUCCUCCAAAUACUGGCUUUGUUUACCAUGGAAACGCCUGUCAGCCUAGAUGCAGAGGACAUACGAAAUGAGAAGGUGAAAGUUCUUCGUUCCAUGAGACCACUACAGUUAGAUAACGUUGUAAUUGGGCAGUACAAAAGCCAUAAAAAAGGUGGGGUUACUUAUCCGGCCUAUACAGAUGAUAAGACGGUACCAAAGGAUAGUCUUACACCAACAUUUGCUGCUGCUGCUUUAUUUAUUGAUAAUGCGAGAUGGGAUGGGGUACCCUUUCUUAUGAAAGCGGGCAAGGCAUUGCAUACAAAACGAGCAGAGAUAAGAGUACAAUUCAGGCAUGUUCCUGGAAAUUUAUACAAGAGGAGUUUUGGUACAGAUCUUGAUCGAGCUACAAAUGAACUUGUUAUUCGUGUGCAGCCUGAUGAAGCCAUUUACUUGAAAAUCAAUAACAAACUCCCUGGUUUGGGAAUGAGAUUAGAUCGUAGUAACUUGAAUCUACACUAUGCAGCAAGAUACUCUAGAGAGAUACCAGAUGCCUAUGAAAGGCUUCUCCUUGAUGCGAUCGAAGGGGAAAGAAGACUUUUCAUCAGAUCUGAUGAGCUUGAUGCUGCUUGGGCGCUGUUCACUCCUCUUCUGAAAGAUCUGGAAGAGAAGAAGAUUGCUCCGGAGCUCUAUCCUUAUGGCAGCAGAGGACCUGUAGGCGCCCAUUAUCUGGCUGCAAAUUAUAAUGUUCGGUGGGGCGAUCUGAGCUCAGAACACUGAGCUCUGCUUAAUUGUAGCUCUUCAAUUUGUUGCAGAUAUUCUGCAGUUAGAUUAAAGAUUAAAAUAAGAUCUGUUCCGAUUCAAUUGGUGUUUUUAAGAUAUUAGCAGAGGAAAGUAAUUGUUCUAAGUUCUAUUCUGAUAUAUUAUGCAACCUCUUAUUUGAGCAUUGUAACUUGUUUUAGAAAUUUAUGCUUAUGAUGGGAGAAGGUGAUGAAGAUAAUUUUGUACAUCUUUCAUGGGCACAUGUGAAUAUAGAUUCUUUAUAUCAUUA